GCGAUUCCUAUUGGUGCACAACGUGCCCACUUUACUAGAUAUUCCGACUGAUCAACUAUACUACGUGAUACGAACAAGGGUCCCGUAGGCUGCGAGAUCCCGCGAGGUCCUUCCGAGCAGCUCUCUCAUAUAUGGUUCGUACUAGGCCCUAGAGCCCGCCCCAUUACCUAGAAGCGAAGCUGAUGUGGGGCUUCAUUUCACUUUUACUGGCAACUCGUCACUUCAUUGGUGGUGUGUCACUGGAUGUGAAGUAGCGCCGAAUGUCCCUUAGCAUUAUCUUGACUCACACGGAAAUCAUGACUUCCUCCGCCUUGCCUGAAACCCUUGCUUGACCUGUGUGGUAUACCAAUCAAUCCGACAUGGUGUGCUUGCUGCGAUGGGCUCUCUGCGGGGGAUUCGUUAUAUCCCUUGUAGACGCAAUCUUUGCAGCCCGCCCUCAGGCCAUCGGCAUUGAUUUCGGGCCCGAGAUGAUAACUGUCGCACAUGCGUAUAGCAGUGAUAAUGUGACGUUGCCAGCCUGUAUCAAACCUGAACUAGACGAUCCCUUCAGCAUCUAUCUAUUCCGGCUGCGACUAGAAAAAUGGAGCGACGGCACGCUCGACGCGCUAUAUGGCCGGAAGAACGAAGGGACCUCCGGCAUUUCCAAUGCUGUGGUAAUGCUGUUUGCAAGGCUCGUAUCGUCCUUGACUUGUAGCCAUGACACAGCGAACCUGUCUUGGGUACGGCAGUGCGUCUGCAGUGCUUGGCACAGCAUCACGGCUCGGCUUCGCAGCGCCAAGAGGUUGGAACUAGGGGAGUUCACGUUGAAUGAUGUGAAGGAUGCGUUUGUCGAUAUCCUCACGCGGUUGCAAGAAGAGGCACGCACCAAGCACAACAUUGAUAUGCAAUCGGCCGUCAUCGCCCUCCCGGACUUUUUCAACCAAACCCUGGUGGAUUUGUUCCUCGAAGCGAGCCGGAAGGUUGGCAUCACGCCUUUGCUGGAGCCCGUGAGCCGGAUGAUCGUAUCAACAUAUAGCAGCAAUGGGACUCCACGAGAGGCGGACGGGAAAUAUCUCAUUAUGGACCUAGGACAAUAUUAUCUGGACCUACGCAGUCUCAAUGCGAGUCCCAGGCCAAUGGCCCGAAAUGGGCGCCUCCCCAUGGACCCCUGGGGAAGUGCCAGUCUCGAUCGGGAUAUAACUCGCUCGGCCGUUGAACGAUCGGAAACCCUACAGACCUGGCUUUCGCUCGGUGGAUCCAGGGCCGCGUUGCAGGAAGAAGUCCGGAAGGCGCGGGUGCUGAUACGAGAUAACUUUGAUCGCGAAUUGCUGGGGACCGAGGACCACCAGGACCAUCACCAUAAAGAGUACCCUCUGCAGCUGAAGGACCCCGACGCCACCGCUGUGCUGUCAUGGGUUGAUGUUGAAGCAGUAGAGAUGAGAUAUAUUCAAAGCAUCGCGCAGAAUAUUCAUAACUAUCUAGUUGCCGCGAACAAUCCUACCGGAGAUAUUCGGGAUGACAUGAUCCCUACCAAAAUUGAUAAAGCGUUUAUUUUGACGAGUGGGCUUGACGGAGAAUUAAUCAAGCAGAGCCUUGAACAUGCUCUUGGUGAUGUUGAGAUUAUAGGAGGACGGCUACGAGACUGGUACCUGGCCGCAGAGGGCGCUGCUCAAGUUGGUUUAUUAUACCAGCAGGCAUGGGACCAGAGGCAGCGGCUAUUAAGGGAAAAAGACGAGUUAUAGUACUAUAUGGAGUUGUUCUAGUGACGAAACUUAAUUCAUCCAUCUGUCAAGGACAAUUCGGAAUUGGUUCGUCAGGUAAUGACACAUAUCCCAAUCCACAAAAUCCACCCGACCCUGG